UUGAAGAGCAAGUCAGUCGCCAUCACAACAAAAAGCGCUAAUUCAUUGCGUUCUAGGAAACAGAAUAUUAGCAUUCUCGCCAUGUCUGACAAAGAAAAUAAAGAAAAACCUAAACUAGACCUCGGGUUGCUCGAAGAAGAUGACGAAUUCGAGGAGUUUCCUGCAGAAGAUUGGGCCGGAAAUAAGGAAGAUGAAGAAGAGCUAAGUGUGUGGGAGGACAACUGGGAUGAUGAUAAUGUUGAAGACGAUUUUAACCAGCAACUCCGUGCACAGCUGGAAAAACAUAAAUAACUCAAGUACAUUGCGGCAGAAGAUUGGCAUGACUAAUAAAUGUUUCUAUAAGUAACAAUAUGCUUUAUUGAAUUCUACGAUGUAUUUGUCUGAGAACACGAUGGUGCCAUG